GUUAAGUCAGUGCGCUUCAAGUGAGAUAUUCUUUCAUCGCGCGACAACCGGCGCCAGCAACUGUGUACAAAAAUUUAUUUUGUAAUAAUUUGCAAUAUGAAUAGUGCAAAGAGGAUUUUAAAACUUGCCUUGUUGCAGGAAGCACAAGAGAAGAAUAAAGAUCAAAAUGAACAAAUUGACGAUCUCAAUGACCAGAUUGAAAGAUGUGAUCAACUAGAAAGUGACGCGGAAAGUGAACAUGAAUUACACGAUACGGACAGCGAACAGUCUGAUUGCGAGACAGUUGGAGAUGAAUUUGAGACAGUUGAUGAGCUCCAGCCGCCUGAAGGUGAGAUUUUUUUCAAUAAUACUCCAAUAUUCCGUGGAAAAGACAAGAAAACCAUGUGGUUUAAACAUGCUCCUAAAGUGUAUGGCCGAACGAAGAUCCAGAAUCUAGUUGUCAAAAUUCCAGGUGUAAAGGGUAUAGCACGUGAAGCCAAGACACCCUUAGAAUGUUGGAAACUCUUUUUCCCAGAUGAUUCUAUUCAGGAAAUUGUCGACUAUACUAACGUCUAUUUGGGGUUGAUGAGGAAGAACUAUGGUCGAGGAAGAGAUUGUCCAGACACAAAUUAUGAUGAGAUAUAUGCAUUAUUGGGCCUUCUCUAUUUAACUGGAGUAAAGAAAAGUCAGGAUGUUGAUAUCUCCGAGCUUUGGACAGAUGACGGUACUGGCCCUGAGUGUUUUCGUAGCACAAUGUCUUAUAGAAGAUUUUAUACAUUACUGCGGGCGUUGAGGUUUGACGAUCAUACAGAUAUAAAUAUUCGCAUGGCACAGGACAAUCUGGCUCCCAUUAGGAAACAGUUUGAUGGUUUCGUUGAACGAUGUAAGGAAAAUUACCAAAUUGGCUUGUACGGAACCGUUGAUGAGAUGUUAGAGGCCUUUAGGGGCCGCUGCAAGUUUAGAAAAUAUAUUGCAAAUAAGCCUGCAAAAUAUGGCAUCAAAAUAUAUGCCCUAGUUGAUUCUACCACGUUUUACACAUCAAAUUUAGAAAUAUAUGCCGGAAAGCAGCCCGAUGGUCCAUACCGUGUUGAUAAUAGUACCAUCAGUGUUGUCAAACGAAUAAUAGCCCCAGUUCUUAAUACAGGUCGUAACAUAACGAUGAACAACUAUUUCACGUCCAUUUCUCUGGUGAAUAACCUCAUACUCAACCAUCGCACCACUGUAGUAGGUACUCUACGAUCGAACGAAGGAGAAAUUCCUUUAGAAUUCGUUAAGAUCAAGGAAAGACCAAUUCGUAGUAGUAUGUUUGCUUAUUCGCAGAAGAGUGUACUGGUAUCCUACAUUCCUAAAAAGGGAAAAAAUGUACUUCUGCUAUCUUCUCUACGACAUGACGACGGUGCAAUCGAUGAGACUACAGGAAAACCUGAAAUAAUAUCCUUUUAUAAUGUAACAAAAGGCGCCGUGGAUGUGGUCGAUGAAAUGAAAACCCUAUAUUCUGUUUCACGGGUUAAGUGUAGAUGGCCACUUACCAUAUAUUUUUCAAUGUUAGAUAUUGGCGGCAUCAACAGUCACAUUGUGUAUAAAGCUAAUAAUAAUAAAACAGAAGAACGUCGUGUGUUUUUAAAGGAACUGGCUUUAUCGUUGAUGAAGCCACAUCUUAUAAAUCGUUUGACAAUUCCACACUUACCUUUAAGCUUUCGGAAUUCUAUUGCAAAAAUUGCCAAAAUAACAUUACCGAACUCAUCGCAACCUGGACCAUCGGAUAUUCAGUAUUGUUCAUUUUGCCCUCGCCGCAAAAAUAAAAGAGUUAAAAAAAAUUGUAAUUCUUGUCAUCGACCAAUUUGUCCACAGCAUUCUUCUUAUACUUGUGUAAUGUGCGUUGCCGCAAAUUAUGAACAUAUGGAUAUUGAUUAAUAUUAUUGGUUUAAUUCUUAUCAUUUUUUUGUAUCUAUCUUUUUAUACACUGAGCAGCAAAAUUAACGCAUCACCUUUAAAAUGGGACAUAUUUGAUCACUCGAAUUUCCUCAAAUUGUUAUCCGAUUUUAGUGAUAUUUUUAAUAUGUUAUAACCUUAUUCUUUAAGAAAAUCGAUGUAGUAAUAUUGCUACUGGACAUACGAAUUUCAUUGUAUACCGGGUUGUAACAAUCAUACUGUGUUUUUUCCUCAAAGUUCGGAAAACCCUGUGGAAUAUUACCUUUCUUCUUCUUGAUGUGCCUAUCCGUGACGAAUGUUGGCGAUCACCAUGGCAAUCUUCACUUUAUCUGCAGCAACGUGGAAAGCUGCACAAAUGUUGUGUUGAAUCAGGUUCUGAGGUUGUUUAAUCAGGAUGUUCUUCUUCUUCCUGGACCUCGCUUUUCAAAUAUUUUUCCUUGCCGGAUGUCUUGUAGGAGGGCAUAUCUGGAUUCAUUUCGCAUAAUGUGUCGAAAGUAUUCCAACUUUCGAGAUUUGGUGGUUAGUACUUCUCGGUUCUUCCCCAUUCUUCUAAGAACCUCCUCAUUUGUGACCCGAUCAGUCCAUGGAAUUUUAAGAAUUCUCCGAUAUACCCACAUCUCAAAUGCUUCCAAUUUUCGACACAUAUCCGCGUUCAAGGUAGGUCCAUGAUUCAACACCAUAAAAAAAGGUCAGAGAAGACGUAACAUCUCAGUAUUCUUACUUUUAUACCAAGAGAAAGGUUGUGGCUCUUGAAAAACGCCCCCAUACGGUUGAAGAUUGAUCUAGCUUUUCCGAUGAGCGCUCUUAUUUCUUGGUUGUUGGUUCAUUCUUCAUUUAUUAUGGUGCCGAGGUAGUUGUAGUGCCUCACUCUUUAUAUAGGGGUUUGGUUGAUAUAGAGUUGGCCUUCUGUUAUCUUUUUCUUGCUGACGAUCAUAAGCUUUGUUUUCUUUACGUUUAGAUUGAGUCCAUAUUGUUGACUGCAAUAGGAGAUUUUGUCCAUGAGGACUUGUAGGUCUUCUAGGUUGUCCGCAAAUACUAUGGUGUCAUCUGCAUACCUGAUAUUAUUUAGCCGGUACCCGUUAAGUAGAAUAUAUUUUUCAGUUUCGUGCAAAGCUUCGAUAAAUAUUCUUUCAGAGUAUUUUAAAAAUUAGGGGGGACAAAAUGCAGUCUUGCCUCACUCCACGCAUGAUUUUGACAUAUUUGGUGAGUUCACCGACAACUCUGAGGUUUGCAGUCUGAUUCCAGUAAAGGUUUCUAAUUAUUUUCAGAUCUUGGUUGUUAAUUCCUGCUUCUUUUAGUAUUUGCAUCAUCUUGGCGUGUUGUACUCGAUCAAACGCCUUCUCGUAAUCAACCAGACAUGCGUAUACGUCGCAAUUUACGUCUCUGCAUCUCUGGAAUAAGACUUGUAUUGAAAAGAAAGCCUCUCUCGUACCAACAGCAUUUAUGAACCCGAACUGGUUGGGGGAAAUUUGACUUUCACAUAGCUUGUAAAUUCUCGUAUGGAUAACCUUUAGGAACAAUUUUAGGAGAUGACUCAUCAGGCUUAUCGUAUGGUAUUCUUCUCACUUUUUGGCUCCUGGUUUUUUUGGAAGUGCAGUAAACUCAGACUUCAGCCAUUCUGUUGGUAUGUGUCCAGAGUUGUAUGUGUUGUUGAAUAUUUUUGUGAUUAUUGCCAUUGAUUCGUUGUCCAUCAGUUUGAGUAUUUCUGCUUGUAUAUUAUCGGGACCUGCUGCUUUUCCAUCCUUUAGCCAGCCUGAGUUAUGGCAGAAUAAACUAUUUUCUGUAAUAUUCUUGGUCCAUCAUUUACCUCUUCUUCUAACUCAAAGGUGUUAUCUCUUUGGUCUUCAAAUAGUUUUUCUAGAUAUUCUUUCCACGUUCUAAUUUUACUCUGUUUAUCUAAGAUGAUGUUUCCAUCAGAAUCAGUUAGAUUUCCUCUCUGUCUCCUUAUUAGUCUACCUGUGAGUUCUUUAACUUUUCUAUGUACAUUGUAACUAUCGUACUUUGAUUGUAGAAUCUCAAUUUCUUGGCAUCCCUCUAUUGCUUCUUUUUCUUUCGCUUCUCUAAUUUCCCUUCUUAUUGACAUAUUGAUUGUUUUGUAUAUGUCGGGGUCAUUUUUGGCAUUUCUUCUUUCGUUCAUUAGUCUCAGGAUCUCAUCUGUCAUCCAUGAUUUCUUCUUGGUUAAUUUAUUUAUCUUUAAGUGUCUAUCCGUUACAUUUUGAAUUAUUUUGAAGUCCAUGUGAGCCGAUGUACUGCAUCUUUAUGCACUACCUUUAGUAUAUAAAAAAUAUUGAAAUUAAAAUUGAAUUGUGGCCUCAGGCUUUCUUAAAAUUCCGUUUUUUAAUUCAUUCUCUUUUGUUGGAUAAUAAGUUUUGUUUCCUGGUUGAAGAACCUGAGAAAAUGGUUUGGUUGCAGCCCAAGGCAACUGUUCAGAGCAGCGCCUCGAAGAUCAAAAUAGCCAUAAUGAUUGCCAACCUUGUCGCGGAGAUGGCACUUAAAGAAGAAGAAGAAGAAGUUUUUAACGGAUAUCAAAAAUGUCCCAUUUUUAAGGUGAUGCGUUAAUUUUGCUGUUUAGUGUAUUAUUAUGUAUAUUAUGUUAUUAUUAUGUUCUUAUUAUUAGUUAAUAAAAAAAAUUUAAAUCUG